GUGGUGAAUGUGCGGCUGGGCGCUGACGUGUGUUGGCGGGUGAUUUAUUUCUCAUUUUGCUUCAAGCUCUGUUGUUGUGGGAGAGCGAUGGCCAGGCCGGUGAGGACCAAGAAAAUUGUAGAUUAUUCACAGGGUGGAGACUUUGAUGAUGAUGAAGAUUUUGCGUAUGUAUCAGCUCCUCCAAGUAAAAAAUCCCGUCUAACAACUAAGGAUCAGAAACAAAUAAAAGGGAAAAAAAAUAACAUUUCUGGCAGUCAAGAUGCAAAAGCUGAAAAGGAACGACCUAAAGAAAGGUUGCCACUUGAUGAAAAACUUUAUCAAAGAAACCUGAAGGCUGCAUUAGUCUUAUCAGUGCAAGAGCCAGCUAGUGAAGAUAAUAUUUCUGGUGAAAAUGAAGGUUCCGCAGUUCGAUCUAGACCAAAGCGAACAGCAACUGGAGCUGCAACUCAAUUGAAGCAAAUUCUGCUUGAUGAUAGAGGUAGUGAUGGUGAAUGUGAAGAAGAUUCUGCGGGUGAACAGGACUACAUGGCGGAUUUUCAACUUUUUUUUGUAGCUGAAGAAUCAGAAAGCAGUGAAAAUAGUACAGAUGAGGAUGAGGAAUUUACUUCUAAAAAUAUGUCAAAUAAAAAUAAGAAAAAGGAUAAAAUUAAAGCACAAACCAAGAAGGAGAAAAAAUCUCUGAAACUUGACAACAUUCCUACAGUGGUUCCGGUAAAAAGCAAGCCUUUGUUAUUGGAAGAGAUGCUGGCAGCUUCACCACCUAAAUCGUUACAGGAAUCAUGUCUUUCCACUGGAAUCAAAAAACCACAGUGGACUCCACCAGCCCCUAAAGAAAGCAGUGGUAACCCACAGGAACAAAUUUCUGUCAGAAGUCCAUAUCAAGGCCUUCGGUUAGGCCUGUCUCGACUAGCCAGAGUAAAACCUUUGCAUCCCAUUUCUGACAAUGAUUGAACAUAAUUUAAAACUGUUUUCAAGACAGAUGAAACUUUGCCUCUAAGCUUCAGGAUUAAUAUCCACUUCAUAUUACAUAAGAUUGCUUUUCAAAUCACAUUGUGCAUUUCUUUAAGAAGGUUUUUUUUGGAACCUGUUAACAAUCUUGGCAGAAACAGUGACUGGAGGAAAUGUUUUGACAACGUUACUUCCCAAAGAGCCCAGGAAAUUAUUUUUCCAUAUUUCUUUCAAUUGACAUUGACAAUUUGAGAAUGUUUUUAAGUAAACUUGAGAUAUAAAUACUCACUUAUUGAGACCGUUGGGAUGUUGAUGUUUUGUGGUGUGCUCUUAUGACUUCUGUUUUAAGGUAGUUGGAUGAUAAUGUCAUCUGUACGCUCAGUGUAAUAGAAUUGCAAAUACUUUGAUUAUAGGCACGUGUGCAGUAUUAGGUGCACACAGUAAAUUUUCCUUUACCAAAACAGUGCGCUAUGUGAUGGUAACAUUGGCUUCAAGUUGGAAUUUCUAUCCAUGUAGAUUGACUUAGCUUGAAAGCUGCUCUGAAAGCAUCACACAGCCUGGCAAUAUUUUAUACCUUCUAUUUCUAAGGAAUUUGAAUGCCUAAAGAAAGACUGUUGUUGCUUCAUAAUUGGUAGGUAUUAUAAGGUUGUCCUUAAUAAGCUAAUAAAAUUCAAUAACAUUAGAAGUCUGUUCAUGCCUGAUCUAAAUUUAUCCCUAACUACUUUUUAACUAUGUUGUUAAGAUUUGAUAUGCAUUUAAGGCAAUUUAAAGGUCGGAUUUGUAAUAAUUAUUUUUGUAAGUUAAAAAUAAACAGCCAUUUGUAACAAAUGCAAGGCAUAUAGUUUUUUUUAAUAUUGCACAAGUACCUGAAUUUAUAGUACCCCAAUAUAUAUGAGAAAUGUAUAAAGCUAUGUUGCAACUAAAGAAUUACUUUCAUUGCUGUAAAGACUGUGUUUUUCUAUUUUGUGUUUUUUUUUAUUGUCACCUGAAAUUAGACAGAACUGUAUUAAAACCAGUGUUUUGGAAGGAUAGUGCAUGGUUCGAAAGUAAGUAACCUGAUGCCCGUGGCAAGCAUUGUAUUUGUACAGCUGUUUAAGCAGGCAGUAAUUAAAAUGGUUAUAGAUAAAUUGGAGCCAAAACAUUCAUUCUACAGAUGCAGCUGAGUAGCAAUAAGAAGUUGAUUGGUCUAAGGACUAGUGAUUAGUUACUGAUAAUAAGGGAGCUUUGAUUGCCAACAGUCAUGUGAUUGAGUCUCUUAACCAUAUAGCUUGGAUUUGGAAUAAGUUAUAGAGAAGAAUUUUGAUCUCCUCCAUCUCAGGUGCUGUGUCUCUGUUCUGAAAAAUCAAAUCUCACUUGAAACUUGGAAAAAAAAGUUAAUCUUACCUUUAGCAGUUGUUCUAAGUUGUGACUUCUAAUAAAUCAAAGACAUUUUACAAGUGAACCAGCACUCUGUUCCUUCAGUGAACCAGUGGAAAUAAUCAGAAAAUGGAAGCCAGGAGUAAACUUUCGGAUCUGCAAGAACCAGCUCAAGAGAAUUUGUAGACAAAGACUACUGGAAUGACUUUCCAGAUUUUCCCCUUUCUUCAUGUGUUUUUUCCAUGAAGUUUGUGUGUAUGUGUGAGGAGUUAGAG